AUGGAUUCAGUGGCUCUGGCUUGCUGCACCGCGGCCCUCAUCAUUCUAUUCCUUCCUUUGAGUGCCUCCGACGACCGGCUUGUCCCUGGCAAGCCGCUGGCCCUUGGCAACACCAUCAUCUCUGAUGGCGGAGCGUUCGCCUUAGGCUUCUUCAACCCCUCCAACUCCACUCCAGCCAAGCUGUACCUUGGCAUAUGGUACAACAAUAUCCCUGAGCUCACAGUUGUGUGGGUUGCCAACCGUGAAACCCCAAUCUCCAAUAACACUUCCUCUGCACCGAUGCUCUCCCUCACCAACACCUCCAAUCUCAUUAUCUCCGAAGAUAAUAGUGGCGACCGUGUCCUUUGGACAACGGCCAACAUAACCACUACCAUUGGCUCGUCUACCCCAACAGCGGUGCUUCUGAACACUGGCAACUUCGUCAUCCGAUCGGCAAACGGUACCACGCUGUGGCAGAGCUUCGACCACCCCACGGACACGCUCCUCCCUGGGAUGAAGAUGCGGAUCAAAUACAGCUCGCGUGACACUCGCGAUCAUCUGGUAUCCUGGAAGGGCCCCGGCGACCCUUCUCCAGGACGCUUCUCCUUAGGUGGCGACCUGGACACACCCCUCCAAAUAUUUCUGAGGGACGGGCAGAGCUUGGUGACCCGUAGCAACCCAUGGACGGGGAUCCAAGUGUUUAGCUUUAGCCAACAACAGCUGGUAGGGGCCAUGAACGUUAGUGAUGUUCUCAUCUACAUGGCCAUCAUCGGCAACGGCGAUGACAUCUAUGUCACAUAUAGCCUCUCUGAUGGCGCCCCACCCACAAGGACAGUGUUGACCUAUUCUGGUCAGUAUCACAUUGCGAUCUGGAGUAGCAGGUUGUCGGUGUGGGUUGUCGUUUCGAUGUGGUCUGCUGAAUGCAAUCGCUAUGGUCAUUGUGGCCCAUAUGGCUACUGCGACGAGACAGUCGUGCCUAUCCCAACUUGCAAGUGCCUAGAUGGCUUCGAGCCAGCAAACAAGGAGGAGUGGACUAGUGGCAAGUUCUUGGCGGGGUGCCGGCGGAAGGAGCUGUUGCACGGGUGCACAAGUAAUUACUUGGCCAUGUUGGGGAUGAAGUCUCCAGAUAAAUUUGCGCUUGUCGGAGGGGGCAGAAGUACGUCUGAGGAGUGUUUGGCGGAGUGCAACCGCAACUGCUCCUGUGUGGGGUAUGUGCAUCGCAACGUCAGCAGUGGCAGUUUCGGAGGAGCCGCGACAAUGUGCUUGUUAUGGGCUGGGGAUUUGAUUGACACUGGAAAAUUACGCGAGCCUGGUGGAGAGACGCUCUAUCUACGACUAGCAGGUAAAAGGCGAAAAAGUAAUGCAGUUAGGAUUAUGCUGCCAGUUCUAAUCAGUAGUUUUUUCGCAGUCAUAUGCAUCUCUCUUGCAUGGUUAAAGUGCAAAGGCAAGAACAAAAAUUGCAGAAGGCACAAGAAUAUAAGAUUGGAUGGUAUGAGUACCUCCGAAGAACUUGGUAGAGAUGAGGCUCCUCAUGAUCAAGAUUUUCCAUUCGUAAGAUUAGAGGAAAUUUUUCUUGUGACCCACAAUUUCUCUGAAGCAUGUAAGAUUGGACAAGGAGGAUUUGGCAAAGUAUACAAGGGACUAUUAGGUGGUCAAGAAGUCGCAAUCAAGAGGCUAAGUAGAGAUUCUCAACAAGGAACAAAAGAAUUCAGGAACGAAGUAAUUCUAAUUGCAAAAUUGCAACAUAGAAACUUGGUUCGACUUCUUGGGUGUUGUGAUGAAGGAGGUGAAAAGCUCUUGAUAUAUGAGUAUCUUCCUAACAAGAGCUUGGAUGCUACCCUUUUUGAUGACUCAAGAAAAUUGUUGUUGGAUUGGGAAAAACGGUUUAGUAUAAUCAAAGGGGUUGCAAGGGGGCUUCUAUAUCUUCAUGAAGAUUCAAGGUUCACCAUAAUUCAUAGGGACCUAAAAGCUGGAAAUGUUUUGCUAGAUGCAUACAUGAAACCCAAGAUAGCUGACUUUGGUAUGGCAAGGAUCAUUGGUGAUAACCAGCAAAAUGAAAAUACCCAACGUGUAGUUGGAACAUAUGGCUACAUGGCUCCUGAGUAUGCAAUGCAAGGUUUCUUCUCUACCAAGUCCGAUGUCUACAGCUUUGGCGUAUUAAUACUGGAGAUUGUAACUGGUAUAAGGAGAAACUCCAAUAGCCAAACCAUGGGAUUCCCUAGCCUCACAGUAUAUUCAUGGAAUAUGUGGAAUGAAGAAGAGACCGAGGAACUUCCUGACUCAUCUAUCAUAAAUGCUUCACCAGAAGAAGUUUUGAUUUGUGUCCAUCUAGCACUCUUGUGUGUCCAGGAGAACCCAGACGACAGGCCACUCAUGUCAUCGGUUGUGUUCGUCCUAGAGAAUGGAAGCACCACACUUACAACCCCCAAUCGCCCUGCCUACUUCGCACGGCGGAAUGUUGAAGUGGAUGAGUUAAGAAAAGAUAUUCACACUUCCAUGAAUAAUUUGACUCAUACCGAGAUAGAGGGGCGGUGAUUUUUUUUAAUUAUUUAGAUUUCUGUGCACAUAACAUCGUUGUAAAUCCUGUGGCUCACAAAAUAGUGACAGCAUUUUCUA